CGAUGCUAAAUAAAUUAUUUUUUCAACAGGAAAGUGUUCAGUGUCAGUUCAGAUAGAGUGAAGCCAGGGGGCCAUGAACACAUUUUACAAUUAGAACAAAAUGGCAGCCGCUGGAAGAAGAGGUAGAGCUUCCUAUGAUGUAACGUCUCCAAGAAGAAAAAUCAUAGCAGGUCCUAGUCAUACCCCAGCACAACCACCAAGUGUUCAAAAUUCCAAAGCAAAGAAAAAACAUUUCAGAGAUACCAAAGCGACCACCUCAAAUUCUCUUGAACUUCCAGAAGAAACACCACGCACUCACAGAUCACCGGCACCAACACCUCACAGGUCACCAGCACCACCAUCUAUCGAACUGCCACCAACGCCUCAUUCCUUUGAGCUCACUGCGCCGACUCCACAUUCUCUUGGAGCCGUUCCCCCUCGCUUCUAUACAAACUUACUCAUGAAUCACGAAGAGCCAACAAAUAUGUACACAUGCAAAAAGCAUAAGGGCGAGUUACUAGAACAUUAUUGUGAAUGUUGUCAUGUGGUUGUAUGUGGCUCUUGCAUGGCAUCUGAGGAACACAGGGACCACUUUUGUACGAUCUUGUCUGAUGUGUUUGAAGAGAAAAAGGGUUAUUUGAUGACUUUUUUAAGUACUUUGGAGGGAAGUACAAUGAAAAAAUUGGAAACCCAAUUGCGGUCAUCGGGCGAAAAUGUCUCAAGAUAUGAAGAGAAGGUACAAUGCAUAGAAUCGACAAUACAGUCUGAAAAAGAAAUGCUUAAGAAUGAAAUUGAUCGAGCUUUCUGUUUGGUGGAGAACGAGCUUUCUGUCAUGAAGCAAAUAGACAUGGGAAAACUGGAGAGCGAACAGGAGAAAGUUAAAUCUCAAAUGAAGACAGUCCAAAGUUUCAUAGACGAGGCUAAGCGCCAUAUCAAAGGCCAAGACAAGUUUCGUUUGCUGCAAUUUAUGAAUGAGCUUCCUUCGCCCGAGGAUAUGACACGAAAUUGUGUAUGUAUGAAAGUCGAACCGCCAAUUUAUGAUAGUGCAGAAAAGGACUUUGGAUUACUUAGUUCUUUUUGUGGAUCCAUCCGCGAAAGCAAACAGCUACCUGAUCAACACAGCCCUCUUGUGUCUCCAAGGUUCUUUCGUAGAUUACAAAGACAAAUGUCGAGAACAUUAAUGCAUCUUCCAUUUGUCAUCAAAUCGUUUGAGAUUGGACUACAAUGGGAUUUGAACUUGAGUCCCUGUAAAUCAAAACCAGAUUGUAUCUGGGUUGGCUAUAAGCAAAGCAAGAUCGUUUUAAUUGAUAGCAACGGACAGAAAAUGAAGAAAAUUAAAUUUGGAUUCCAUAUGGAAGAUUUUGCAGAAGCGAAAAGUAAAGAUAUUUACGUCACAUUAUUUAAAGAAAGGUGUAUCAAGAGAUGUGCACCAAACGGAAAGGUGAAGAAAUUCUUGGAAACUUCAGAUUGGUCACCAGUUGGAAUAUGCACAGACAGGAAUGGCGAUUUGCUGGUGUGUCUGACAAAAGACGAUGUUGGAAAAGUAAUGAGAUUUGGAAAAGAGAAAAAUAUAAUCCAAGAUGUGAUUCCCCAGAGACAAGGUGCGCCUCUCCUUAGCAAACCUCACAGAAUAACCGAGAAUGCAGACCACGCAAUCUGUAUUCUCAACCUGCCUGAUAGAAACGUGGCCAUUCUACAUGGCAAUAUGGCGUACAAGGCUAUAUACAAUGGAUCAGGGGAUAAGCAAAAGAGAGCCCAAUUCUAUCCAACGGCAAUCUGUACCGACAAGCGAUGCCAUAUUCUGGUGGCGGAUCAUAACAACCACUGUAUUGACUUGUUGGAUAGGAAUGGGAAGUUUAUGAUGUACCUCGUUCGGGAGGACAAGAUAAACAAUCCGCGUUCUCUGUGUGUAGACGGGGAUGGGAUGGCCUGGGUAGAAUACCUUAAUGGAAAAGGGGGAUUCAAAAUUCUCAUGUAUUUAUCGUAAAUUUGUAAAAAGAUG